AUGGAAGGCGAAAGAAAUAACAAAAGGAACGCCAUGAUCCCACGUCCCGGUCUAGACCCAGAUAUCCCUCUGCCCUCCAUCGAAAGAAACGAUUCAGGACUACCAGAGAAUUCAACAACCCCGAUACCUCCUAACAGACAGCGGCUCCAGCAACGCGGUGGACUGAUAGGAAGCCGUCAGCAUCGAACGUCAACCACCUCUCAAAUCCCACCAGAGCUCCUCAGAGAGCGAAGAGGCUCCGAUGCCGCUUAUGCUGCGUCUCUCAGUCAUCUAUUAGGUCCAAUCAAUCCUCGUGGACAUCAACAACUGGCUCCUGCUAGAACACCAAGCCAAGGCCAGCCACCAGGAUCACAUCCACAAACAGUUGGUUCAAGCGGGCGUCCAAUGUCAAGAUACAUUAACACGCGGGUUCCAGAUCUCUUACCAGGUGCACCGCCUUUAUUCUCAAGGCAACACGCAUCAUCUUCCCAGCUACCUGAGCGAAAUACCACAUCUAGAGGUGGAUUAGAAGCUUACAGAUCCUCUUUAAAUCCUCGAAAUACACAGCAGCAGCCUUCAUCUUUCGUAGAGACUGCUUCUCGCUCAGAUUCUGCGCCCGUCUCAGCUCCGAACCUUCAGUAUUCGGGUCCUGUCAUUUAUAAUCCACUUAAAAUCGCUUUCGGUCCCAAUAAUGCAAUAAGUUAUGCAGCCGAGGCGCCACAUAACACACGAGAGCGUUUUCAGAGCAAAUCGAACGUGUUCACUCCCGGUCGUGAACCGUAUCUCUCCCAGCCUAGUAGCCAUCAACCUUUCAUUCAAACUCAUAAUGACUCUGGAGGAGCCCGAGACACAUCCACGGCGUCACAAGUAUUGGGAAGCACAGCUACUGGUCCAGGAAGCACCGCUCAAGACUCUUUCGGUGAUUUAGUUCCUGCUGCAAGAAAGAGAGGACGUCCCCAAGGUUCGAAAACAAAUAACACCAAGCUCAGGAGAAUGGAGCCCCCACCUCCACGAACAGCUCUUCCAGGUUCUGCAACAAGAACCCCUCUUCCAUCAUCUUCUGUUCCGGUCCCCCUAAGCCAACAACCCGCCGUAGCACGUUCAAGCCGUCAUGUAACCUUCAGCCUUGCCAAAAAUGCUUCUGUGAUGCUCAAUCCCUUCAGUAAGAUAGUUUCGGCCACAGUCAAGCUGAUCGCCGAUAAUGGACAAGUGUGGGAGUACAAAUACCCAGGUAUCCGACGUAACUGGAAGAAAGGACCAAGCGGAAAGGCCACUGUCGCAAAGCUCAAUGACUGGACGAACUCAAUCUUGCGUCGAAGACUUCCUGACAAUUUCCCUGCCGCUGCAAGAAAGACAUCAAACUCUACUCCACCCAAGCCAAAGGCCGAUAAAUGGACAGAAUGGGAGAGAGCAUUCCUGGAGGCACAUAUCAUGGAUGCUGUUAGAGAAAAGAAGGGAAAUCUCGAUGCAGAGGAUUGGAAGGUUGUUGCAGAUGCUCAGAAUGAUGAGUUUCUCGACUAUAAGAGGCUCCCUGGCUUACCUUUGGCUCAAUUAAUCUCACGCACCUUCACAAUUGACAAUAUUCCUGUGGUUAGAGGUGGUGGCUUCACCAAGAUCGAGGGGUACUUUCCCGAGCGUUCGAGCUCUGAGAUUCAAAGUAUACUGUAUAGUUGGCCUGAUAUUCAGGAGAAGAUCAAGGAGGAGGUCAAGAAGAACCGUGGAAAGGUGCCAGCUUUCCUGGACUGUGACACUGAUAUUAGUGACUCAGAAACUAGCUCAGAUGAUGAGAGUGGAACCAAGGAUACAAUCAUAGUUGAUACUGGUAGGAAGGUGCUAAGUCCUGAGAAAUAG